UGGUUCAGCAACACAACAACCACAGUAUUUACCAGUGAGCCUUCACAGACCACCCAGCUUUGAACGCAGACUCCAAAGCUGAACGCACUUCCAGAAAAUCUCCGCAGGACUUUGAUUUUCGGGUUUAUUUCGAUCAAAAUUGGGAAUAUUUUACUUUUUUGUGAAGUCAUCUGGAACUUCUCAUGAGAUUACAUCCAUCACUUCUUCACCUGUGAAUGUUGCGACUAGAGGGUGAGCCUCUGAAGACUGGAGGUGAAGUGGUGACCAUGUGGAUCCCAACACCCAGUAUGACAGUCCUGCAGAGGACGCUCCUGUAUGGAUCGUGUGUUGUGGCACUUCUGAACUCUGUGGGCCUCCUGGUGCUCAUUGUCCAGCAGAAUCAACAACGUUCCCAGCUGGAGCAGACAGAGUCAAGGCUGACAAAGUUGGAGCAGAGCUCAGUGGUGGAGUUCCUCCAGGAGGUGCCAAAAGGAGCAGCGGGGUUGUGGGGGAGUCCUGGUGAGCAGCCUCAGUACCAGUACUCCAGGAACAAGAGGAGCGAAGAGCUGGAGAAGGAGCUACAGCAUGAGCCUCACCAAGAGGUGGGAAAGGGAGAGCUUCAGCAGGAGGCCAGACAGGAGGUUGGAGAGGAAAAGGAGAGGAGGGAGCACAACCUCAAGCAUAAAAACAGACACGGGCAGCGCUACCACAAGGCACAAGUGCAGGACGACAUGAUGAUGAUGAUGACUUACUCCAUGGUCCCGAUCAAACUGCUGAUUGACAUUUGCAACAGCACCAAGGGGGUGUGUCUAGCAGGACCACCAGGACCUCCAGGACCUCCAGGACCUCCAGGAUCACCUGGUUUGCCAGGUUUGGAUGGACUCCCAGGUCACAAUGGGACUGAUGGAAUCCCAGGACCAAGCGGACCUCCUGGAGCUGAUGGAAAAAGAGGAAAAAGAGGGCCACCAGGAGAGAAAGGGGAGCCGGGGUUUCAAGGAGAAAAGGGAGAGCCUGGACCACCAGGAGAGAACGUCCAACCGUUUAAUGAUGUCAAUUUUCAAGGCCCACCUGGCCCUGUGGGUCCUCCUGGUCCACCUGGGGAAAUAGGACCUCCUGGACCUCCUGGACCUCCUGGACCUCCGGGCCCUUCGAAAACAAGGCACCACCGGGCCCACAUCCAAGCUGCCCAUAGUUUGGGGUUGUUGCACAAAGUACCAAAUGAUGAAACCUUGCACCUAAAAGAGGCCUUAAACGCACAUGACAGGCCCGCCAGGAAAAACGAGUGCCUGAUCAAGUCUCUGAUCAACCCACGUGGAGUGGCAAAGAUGGAGAACACAUUCGGUGCGUGGAUGAAAGACACAGCUCAGCUGAAUGACGAGCGAAUUUGGGUGGCCGAGCACUUUUCAGGCCGUUUGGUGAAGGAGUACAAAAGCCUCGCUGACUUCCAGGGGAACAGCAGUGACACAGUGGACGUUCGGAAGUUUUACCAAGGCUGCGGUCACGCCGUCCAUAACGGCUCCUUCUAUUACCACAUUGCUGGGACUCCCAGCAUUGGCAGAUAUGACUUUGACACCAAGAAGCUUCACAUUCUCAUCAUAUAUGAUGCCCUGUACCACAACCUCGCCUAUCUGCUCCCCAACUCAAAGACUUACUUCAAGCUGGCAGCAGAUGAGAACGGCUUGUGGCUGAUCUUUGCUUCUAGCGCUGACGAGAGCAUCAUGGUGGCCCAGCUGAAUGAGAAGACCUUCUCCAUCGCAUCUCUCAUAAACACCACCUAUCCUCGCUCCAAAGCCGGCAACGCCUUCAUUGCCUGCGGAGUCCUGUACGUCACCGACAACAAUGACAGCAGAGUGACUUUUGCGUUUGACCUGCUUAAGGGAAAGGCUGUCAACGUGACCUUUGACCUGAGGUCCACUAGUGGAGUCCUGGCAAUGCUCUCCUACAGCCCAAAGGACAGGCUUUUGUAUGUGUGGGAUGAGAGCCAGGUCAGGCUCUUUGUGGUCCACUUCAUUUCUGAUGAGUGAGCAACACAUGCUGUCGACAAAGGUUUUCUCCAAAAUACAGUCCUGAUAGAAAUCUUAAGAUCAAUUAAAGAAUUGCAUUAAUUUGCAUUUUGGGCGGCUAGAUUUUAAAAAUGUUUUAAGUAGAGCAUCAAAAUGUAAUAAAAACGAAAUACCCUUACACAACCUGAAGCUCCAUUGUUCCAAUGAAGGAAAAGGCACCCCAUACCAUGAUGGUUCCUCCUCCACUGUGCCGCGUAGAAAACAUUUUAGGGGGGAUCUCUUGGUCAUGACAGUAAUGGUGGAAGCCAUCAGGACCGUCAAGGUUACAUUUGAUCUCAUCAGAGAAGAGAACUUGGUGUUUCCCUUGCAAAGUCCAACCAGGUAGUUUUGUGGCUUUGAAGACGCUGCUUGUGUUUGAAGCCCUCCUCCUGCAGGAGCGGUCUGAUCGUUACCUGGCAACAGUCAGCACCAGUGAUGGCUUUAAUUUGGGUCAAGGACCGUCACAUGUCUUGGUGAACAGCCCAUUGGGUCCCCCAGUCAGUGCCAGUGAAUUUUAGUUGGUCUGACACUUGACUUUUUUGUUCAGUAACCCUCAGAAUCUUUUGAAAAAUUCAGGCAACAUUCAAAGAAAUUGAGCGUUUUUGCCUUUGCCAUCAAGAGACCUAAACAGGAGGAUUACUUAUUAGAAAAUCCUAUUGAAGGUUAAUUUUGGUGCAAAUUCUGGCUUUUUAUCAGUUGAUGAACAACCGAUUUUGUUUAAAUUAUUUUAUUUUUUUUUAACAAAAUGGCUUCUAAAAUAUUUGGUUGGUUUUUUUUGCAGUUUGAAGCUCUAUUUAGAACCUUGUUAAGGUCCAGCUGUGAUUACUGCAAAUUCUUUUCUUAGCCGAUGUUAAGAUUUUAAUCAGGAGUAGAACUGCUGAUGGAUCUUCUGCUCCAGCUUCACCUGUGGCACAAUCCAGUGUUAUGAGCCCAAUGUUGGUUUUUCGCUGUAUUUAUGUCAUAUUUUUUAAUGAGCAUCAGAAAAACUAAUUGUGUGAAAACUAAUCAUUUUAUAUAAGCUGAAAAUAUCCCUUUUACUUUCUGUCUGUAGUAAUCAAAUUAAUUUGUCUGACUCCCCUCCACAGUGUUUGCAUGUCAGCGCCCUUUGACGUGUUUCUUUUUUAAAGAUGUGUCCCGCGGGAUGAAACCGCAUGCUUACCUCUCCCGACAAAAAAAAUAAAUAAAACCUUCAUUAAAAACAAACGAAUGCUGCCAAAAUAAGGCCGAACAAAUCAAAAGAAUUUAUUCACUUUACAGGGAUAAGACCGACCCGUUCUCUCCGACACGUUCAGGCUUUAGCACACUUGUUCUACCACCUGAGGAUGGCUUCUUCUGCAGUCGCACACAGACAGACAAACAGCAGGUUUACAACAACACAACACAUAGUGGCCAGAAAGAGGGAGAGAAACACAAGUCGCUUUAAUAAAUACCAAACAUACACUUAACCAAAAAGUUACAACUAAUCCAACUGGUAUGAUACAAACCAAAAAUAAAGUAACGCUUUAAUGUUUGUACAAGCUGUUGUGGUAAUUCAUAUAUAUAUUUAUAUAAUUCGUAUAAUAAAACUAUUUUAAACGCUUCACUACUAGGCCAAAUAAAGCCAGACAUUCAUUUGUAUAGAACAGUUUCUUCUUUAAUAACCUAUAGAUUUCAAAUAAACUCUUAGUGUGUCCAGAAUUUUGAGUGCAAAUAUCUAUUCCUUAUGGAUAAAAACAACUAGCAAAUGAACACACACUUACAUACAGAAGGCUGUUUUGCACAUCUCCCAGUCA